AUGGGCCAAAGGAGACAGACCAAGCCUCAACAUGGCAAACCAAGGACUUCCAGAACUAGCCCAGUUACAUUUGAGAAAGAAGUAUUUUUUGAUAGUGAUGAGAUUAUUGAUGCAGUCGGGCAAUCAAAAUUUGUUCUAAAGAACCUGCACCAUUACACAGUCCAUCCAAAUUUGGCCCAGUACUAUGAGCCUUUGAAGCCCACUGCACUGCAGAAAUUCCUGGCUCGAAACAGGAAAAUUCAAAGCUUCACGUUAAAAGUAAUAGAGUAUGAUCAGGAUAAGACCUUACUGAUUCUGACCAACAACCCACUUCCCUGCCCGAUAGAUCAUCAAGGAAAGGACAUCACACCAAAAUACUUUUCCAAUGAGUUACUGCUCAAGGAAAGUCAUCAGCACAAGCCCACUGAGAACUUCUUCCUACCCUUGAUGCCUCAGAAAAAAAACUUAAGAUCUGGACUGAAACCAGUAUUCCCUUUGAUGCUGAUGGAGGACACCACAUCCAAGCGAGAACAAUGGUUUAGGUUUUCCACCAACAAGGAUUUCAAGAGUGAAGGGAAGUAUUCAAAGGUCUACACUCUGAGGCAACAGAAGAAAAUGUAUCCUCAGCUCACCUUUGCUUCAGUCUGUAAAAAAUAUAUGAAGAAUGAUGUCUGCAAGAAGUCAGGGAGCGACUCGCCAACUUCCCAGAUGAUUUGGGAACCAUUAACCCUUUCAUCACUCCUGGAGAAGAAGCCCACCAGAACCGCACCAGGAGAGAGCGAGUUCCGCAAUGGAAGGGCCCAGCAGUGGUUUAUAAAAAGCGCCACUGUCAUUAAGUGA